AUGACGACUAAAUACCAAACUAAUAUUCCGGCUUAUUCUCGAGUUCUCCCGGGUCCUGAACGCAUCCAUGAAUCGAUUUUGAUUUCGGAGAAUGUAUAUAUUGAAGAAUUACUGGAAUAUCCACCUAACAGUAAUGUAACAACACUUUUUGAUUUGUUACAACAUGCAAUUCGAAUAACAAACAAUGGCGACUUCGUUGGUGAAAAAAUAAAUGGUAUAUACAAAUGGGUAUCAUAUGAACAGGUAUUUAAAGAAUCACACAAAAUUGGGUCAGCAUUAUUACAACUUGGAAUUGGUGCAGGUGAAAGUAAUCGCGUAGGUUUAGCCGGUAAUAAUUCAACUCGUUAUAUUAUUGCUCAAUAUGCCUUAAUCAAUUAUUCAAUCAUAUUAGUACCAUUAUACCAUAACUAUAAUUGGAAAAUUCUUUGUGACAUAAUUGAGGACUGUAAUUUGGAAGUAAUCUUUUGUGAUAACUACGAACGAGCUAAUACUUUUAUCACAAAAGUAGAACAAGGAUUGUUAAAAUGUUUGAAACAAAUUAUUGUUUUUGAAGGAUCAAAGCAAGAAAUUGAUAGCAAAAUUAUACAAUCUUCAAGCGUAAAAGUUUAUGAUUGGGAUUCAAUGUUAUCACUUGGUAAUACUUAUCUCAAACCUGUAACCCCUCCAUCACCAUCAAGUACUCAUAAAGGUGUUCAAUUAUCACAUCGUGCGGUUUUAGCUGCUAUGAGUGGAAUAUAUAUGCAAUUAAAAAUGCCACCAAAAGGCAUUGUAUUAGAUAACAAUGAUAUAUACUUUUCGUUUUUAUCUUCAGCACAUAUUUAUGAGCAAUUAAUUGAAGUUUUGAUGAUUUAUGUUGGUGGAAAAAUUGGUUUAUUCACUGGAGAUCCAAAAAAUCUGAUUAAUGAUAUUCAGAUAUUGCAGCCAACAAUUCUUGCUUUAGUUCCAAGAGUACUAAAUCGUUAUCAUGAUCUUAUCAUGGAAAACAUACAAAAGAAAAAUUUUAUUAAACGAUUCAUUUUUCGUAUUGCCAUGCAGGAAAAUUUGUUAUUUUGUUACUUUUAUUUUAAUUUUAAUUUUUUUUUUUGGACAGAAUUAAGAAUAAUUUUUUCAAAAUUACAACAGUUAGCUAACGGUAAAUUAAAACAUAACACAAUAUGGGAUAAAUUGGUAUUUCGAAAAAUCCGAGCUUCAUUUGGUGGAAAACUAAGACUGAUAACUACUGGUGGUGCUCCGGUAGCUGAUAAUGUAAUGAAUUUCACGCGGGUUGUUUAUGGAUGCUUAUUGCUUGAAGGUUAUGGACAGACAGAAUGUUCUGCUGCAGGUGCUUUAUCAUUACCAGCUGAUACAGCAUCUGGUCAUGUUGGUGGACCUUCACCUUGGGCCCAAAUAAAAUUAGUGAGUGUUGAAGAACUUGGCUACGAUGCAAAAAAUGAUGUAGGUGAAGUUUGUUUCCGAGGAGCAGGUCUUAUGACAGCUUACUUCAAUAAUCCUAAGCUUACAUCCCAAGCUAUUGAUGAUGAGGGUUGGUUGCAUACCAAUGACAUUGGAAUGUGGUUACCCAAUGGUUCAUUACGUAUUAUUGACCGGAAAAAUAAUUUAUUCAAAUUAGCUCAAGCUGAUUAUGUGUCACCUGAGCGAAUUGAAAAUAUUUAUUUGCAACACGCAUUGGUAAAACAAGUAAGCCUUGUGAAAAAUACAAUUUUUGUGUAUGGAUCAGCCAUUCAUGCAUUCUUAGUGGCAGUUGUUGUUGUCGAUAUUGAAAAGCUUCACAAUGAAAUACAAAAGGUGAACAAGAAGAUCAUCAACUACAAUGUAAAAUCUCAAACAUCAGCGGAAGAAUUUUUGGAAAAUUUAAAUGUACGACGAUAUUUCUUGGCUUUAUUACGGAAUUUUGGUUGCAACAAAGGCUUAAGUAGCUUAGAACAAAUCAAAAAUGUACACCUGGUCAAGGAUGAGUUCACAGUUGAAGAUGGCUUACUGACACCAACUAUGAAAAUCAUUCGUAAAAAACUUGAAGAAAAAUUCGAAACUAUAUUAAAUAAAAUGUAUAGCGAGAAUAUAAACUAA